AUGACUAGUGGCAGACGCAGCAAUGUGCUCUUGCUUCUCCUCCUCGGCAUCGUUCCUGAGCUGAGCACCGUUGCCCUGGCCAACAUCGGUGGUCGACGGUUUGGCUUUGGCCAUGGAUGGUUUGAUCGUAAAUGCUGGUUUGCCGGGUACGUGAAAGGUGGCAAGGGCUUUGGAGGAGGUGGUGGUUUGGGGGGUGGCGGAGGUGGAGGGCUUGAAACGGGUGGCGGUAUCGGCAUUGGUGCCGGUGGAGGGGGAGGUCUAGGUGGUGGUGGCAGACUAGGGGGAGGCCAUGGUAGUGGGUUUGGUCAUGGUGGUGGCGUAGGUAUCGGUGGUGGUACUGGAGGUGGGUUUGGAGGCGGAGGUGGCGGUGGAUUUGGUGGUGGUUUCGGUAGUGGAGCAGGAGCUGGCAGUAGUUUUGGCGGAGGGCUUGGUGGCGGUGGUGGGUUUGGAGGUGGUGUUGGCGGUGGCCUUGGUGGUGGCCAUGGCGGAGGCAUUGGUGCUGGUGCGGGUAUAGGAAGUGGUGUGGGUGGGGGUCUCGGUGGAGGAGGAGGCUUUGGCACAGGGUUUGGUGUAGGAGUCGGUGCUGGUGGAGGUAUUGGUGGCGGAGGAGGUUUUGGCGAUGGAGGAGGUAUUGGCGGUGGACACAGAGGUGGCUUUGGCUCAGGGGCUGGUGUGGGAGGCGGGGCUGGUGGAGGAGGACUUGGCAACGGAUAUAGAGGUGGCUUCGGUGCAGGGGCUGGUGUGGGAAGUGGUGUUGGUGGAGGUCUUGGUAGCAAAGGAGGUUUUAGCGGUGGACAUGGAGGUGGCUUCGGUGCCGAGGUUGAUGUUGGAGGCGGCAGCGGUAUUGGAGAAGGUCGUGGUCUGUAA